AUGGGGUACAUCAAGCAGAUCACGAUUCAGGGUUUCAAGAGCUACAAGGAGCAGAUGCAAAUCGAGCCCUUCUCGCCCAAUUGCAAUGUCGUCGUUGGCCGUAAUGGAUCGGGAAAGAGUAACUUCUUCGCCGCCGUGCGCUUUGUGCUAGGCGACGAUUACCACAACUUGGGUCGUGAAGAGCGUCAGGCGCUGCUGCACGAAGGAUCCGGCUCAGCAGUCAUGUCAGCAUAUGUCGAGGUAUGCUUCGACAACACCGAAGACCGCUUCCAGACUGGCAAACCCGAGUUCUUUCUCCGCCGUACCAUCGGCGCAAAGAAGGACGAGUAUUCAGUCAACCGCAAGAACGCUACCAAAUCCGAAGUCAUGCAGAUCCUCGAAUCCGCUGGCUUCUCGCGAUCGAACCCCUACUACAUCGUCCCGCAAGGUCGUGUCACGGCGCUCACCAACAUGAAAGACUCUGAGCGCUUGAAGCUGCUGAAAGAGAUCUCCGGCUCCAACGUCUACGAAGAGCGACGCGCCAACAGUCUCAAGCUUCUGUCCGAGACCGAAAACAAAUGCGGAGCUGUCGAUAGUGUAAUCGACUCCAUCAACGGGCGUCUAAACGAACUCGAGGGCGAGAAGGAGGAAUUGGAAGCGUGGAGCCGGAAUGACAAGGAGCGCCGGUCGUUGAUGUACAUUUUGAAGUCCCGGGAGGAGGCUGACCUAGAAGCCUUGAUUGAGAAGAUCGACCAUAUGGAGAACCAGGGUCGUGAGAUGAAGGAGGCCGACGAGGCAGCAUUCGUACAGACCGAAGCCGACAUCGCGCAGAUCGACACGGAUAUCAACAGGCGAAGAGGCGACUUAGACAUUCUGCGGGAAGAUCGCGUGCAGUCUGAACAAGAACGCAAGUCAGCGACACUGGAGAAGGCCAAGAUCGAGCUCGAGCUCAAAUCGUUGCAGGAUAACCAGUCGGCAGCCCAACGAACGAAGAAGUCGCGGGAUACACAAACGAAGUCACUCCAACAACAGAUACGCGCACGAGAGACCGAACUCAAGAAGCUGAUACCCCAAUACAACGCAAAGAAAGAAGAGGAAGAAGCCGUCAGAUCACAAUUGCUAGAAGCUGAAGGCCAACAGAAGCGUCUCGAGGAAAAGCAGGGUCGGACAGCUUUCUUUACAACCAAACGACAACGAGACGAUGCAUUGCGCGCUCAAAUCGAAGAGUGCAAUGCUGACCUUAGCCGCCGCAAGGCUGUUCUCAUGCAGACUAAUGAAGAGAUUACUCAACUGGAGAGCGACGUUGAGCGUCUUGAAACCGAGAUCGCUGAACUACGAUCAACCAUUGAAAGCGAAGGAGACGCUAGUGUCAACCUUUCAGCCAAAGUCGAGCAAGCAAAGGAUGCCUACAAAGCUGUACACGACGAGCAGACGAACCUCUACCGAGAAGACAACAGGGUCAAUACUCAACUAACAAACGCGCAAGCCGAGCUUCGGAAAGCAGAAAGCACGUUCUCUCGACUGCUUGAUCAUGGCACUAGUCGUGGUCUGGAGUCUCUUCGUAGAUACCAAAAAGAGGGGGGGCUAGAGGGGGUGCAUGGUACCAUUGCAGACCUACUCGAUGUCAACAACGACUACAGAGCCGUGACCGAAGCAGCAGCUGAGGGUGCGCUCUUUAACGUUGUCGUGGAUAACGAUGAAGUCUCCAGUAAGCUGAUUGAUCGGCUCAUCAAAGACAAGGGCGGGCGUAUUACUUUCAUUCCCCUCAAUCGCAUCCGGGCUCAUGACAUGAACCUUCCUGCGACCGGGGACAUGCAGCCACUUUUGCCAAAGUUGAGGUACGACGAAAGAUUCGAGGAUGCUUUCAGACACGUGUUCGGCAAGAUCGUUGUCUGCCCUGACUUGACUGCGUGCAAGAAGAACGCAAAGCAAUACAACGUUCGUGCGUACACUCUUGACGGAGAUAACGCUUCGCGCAAGGGUCAAUACCGAGGAGGUUACCACGACCCGUCCAAGUCAAAGAUUCGGGCUUACCAAACAUUGGCCGAGAUCCGCACACAAUACGAUGAGCUGCAGCAGCGGAAGCGAGAUAUUGCCACCGAACUUGAGCAAAAGCGUCAACAGCUCACUGCAGCACUCAGUGAGGUUCGACGGCGGGAAUACGAGAAGGACAAGGGCGAAAACAGCUAUGCGCCUAUGCGGGAAGAAGUACGAAUGAAGCAAAGGACCCUUCGAGACACACAGGACAGCCUUGCGAGAAAGAGGAUGACCGCUUCAGCACUUCAGUCAACAAUCAAUCAGCUCGGCGCGCAACAGAGUGACUGGGAGGCUGAGAUUGCUUCCAAGUUUGAGAAAGCACUGUCCAAUGACGAGGAGCAAAUGUUGAUCACACUUCGAAGCACUGUACAAGACUUGAAGCGACAAUUCGCACGAGCCAAGGAAGAGCGCGCCAUGCUAGAAUCCCAAAAGGACGAGGCUGAGCUCGAUCUCACAGAAAAUCUGCAGCCAGAGCUGGAUAACAUCCUGUCACAACAGGGCGGCGCAGGCGGGUCUACGGGCCAGUCGACGCGUUUACGAGAAUGUGAACGAGCUCUAGAUGCUGUCAAUCAAACCAUCGCGGACCUCGACCAACAGAUCCAAGAAACCGACGCCCAGAUUGAAGACAUCCGGGCCCAGUUGAGCGAGCUGGAGAACUCAAGAAACGAAAAGGAAGCUAGCAAUAGGCAAUUGGCAAAGGCUAUGGCUAGGCAAGAGCAGGCCAUGUCCAAGAAGGACUCCGAUCGUAGUCGUUACACAGACCGACUAGCGGAAGUCAAGCGGGAUAUCCGUGAUCUGGGUACCCUUCCUGAAGAUGUCAAUCGGAAAUACACUCGAUGGGACACCACAAAGGUUACCAAAGAACUCACCAAGGCCAACCAAGCCCUCAAGAGCUUCGCCCACGUCAACAAGAAAGCAUUCGAACAUUACGAGAACUUUACGCGUCAGCGACGUACCCUCACCGAACGCCGCGCCGAACUGGACACAUCACGCAAAUCCAUCGAGAAUCUCAUCGAUGUGCUAGACCAGCGCAAAGAUGAGGCUAUCGCGCGUACCUUCAAGCAAGUCGCCGCAGCUUUCGGCGAAGUUUUCCAGCAACUCGUUCCCAUCGGCCGCGGUCGCCUCAUCAUCAACCGCAAAUCCGACCGCGACGCACGUGGGGACAUCUCCGAUGACGACGAUAUGGAAGAACAAGAGACCCAAGGGAAGAAGAGUAAGGUCGAAGAGUACACAGGUGUGAGCAUCGCUGUAUCCUUCAACAGCAAGCACGACGAGCAGCAAAAGAUCGGUCAGCUCUCUGGAGGUCAGAAGUCGCUCUGCGCGCUCGCCCUGAUCUUUGCUAUCCAAAAGUGCGAUCCCGCGCCGUUCUACCUCUUUGACGAAAUCGAUGCCAAUCUCGACGCGCAGUAUCGAACUGCUGUUGCGCAGAUGCUGGAGCGGUUGAGUGGUCAUGGUGGAAAGAACGCGGAUGGAGGUGGUCAGUUUAUCUGCACGACUUUCAGGCCUGAGAUGGUACACGUGGCGGAUCGAUGCUAUGGUGUUACCUACACGAACAAGACGAGUAGCAUCGAUGUUGUUGAUAGAGAAGCGGCGCUUGAGUUUGUCGAAGGUAUGCAGAAGGCUUAA